AUGACCAGCAUGUCCGACGUCGAAGCUUGCAAUCUUGCCCGAGAUGGCAAAAUGGCAGAGUUGGUAAGCAGAAUAAAUGCCGACCCUGGAUUAGUCAAAUUGAAGGACAGUUCAGGGCGUACUGUUUUGCAUUGGAGUUCCUGCGGAGGACAUAUCGAACUAGUCAAACGGCUGAUUCAGGGUGGAUGCCUACCGGACGAGCCUGACUCAUCAGGUUGGACCCCUCUGAUGAUCGCUGUGUCGGCGGGUCGGGAGGACGUCGUCGCGUACCUUCUAAACGCAGGUCUUUCUGUUGAUGUCAAUGUGGUAAACUCAACAGGUCAGAAUUGCCUCCAUUAUGCUGCCUCAAAAAAUCGACUCUCGAUAGCAAGACGCCUCCUACUGGCAGGAAUACAGGCGGAUUUGCGUGACUGGGGUGGAAACACGCCCCUUCAUCGAGCCGUGUCUCGAGGUCAUACGGACAUGGCCAAGAUGUUGCUGGCUGGAGUCGCCCUUGCAGAUACAGGUGUUAAUCGGGAUAUCAGCAAAUGUUCACCAAACACUCCUAAUGACGCCGGACAAACUCCACUACACAUUGCCUGUGAAGAGGGAAAUACAGAAAUUAUGAAGAUUCUUCUCAUAACUGGUGGGGAUCUCACUGUGAAAGACAAGGAAGGUCGAGCACCUGGAGACCUGGCGCCGGAUAAUCUUCGAUUUUCCAUCCAGAGCGAUCUCAAAUUGCAGUCUCCGUAG